AGGCUCGUCGGCGGGAUUCAGUUGUCAUUUCACGCAUGUUGAAGUUUCGCGCUUGGUAGGAUGGCAAAGCCGCCAAGCAGAAGGGACAGCCGAGAAGAUCAGGACUGUUGCUGGUAUCAUGGAAGAAUUUCGCGGGAUGUGGCGGAAGAUCGGUUGAAGUUCGGUGAGGAAAAGCCGCAAGAUGGACGAUUCCUGGUGCGGGAUUUUUGCACAGUGGGUGACGUUUCCGACAAGUGCGACUACGUGUUAUCCAUGACGUUCGGAGGAGAAGUUCAACAUUAUAUCAUUCAGCAAUUGUGUGACGACGCGUUCUAUAGCAUAGAUGGUGGACCUGUUGUUCACGGCUUGGACGCGUUGAUAGAACAGUAUCAAUUGCGGCGUGGAGGAUUGCCAUGUUGUUUGCAGUUCCGAUUGCCAGGAAUGCCUCCGCCGGCAGAAACGAGAAGACAUGGAAGAACAAAUUUACUCCAUCGAUCAACGAAAGAGGGAAAUCUGGAGAUAAUCCGGGAAGUCAUUCAGUCAGGUUACCAUAAUCUGGACGCCAAAAACCAGGACGGACAAACAGUGUUGCACAUUGCUGUCAAUCAUGGACACCUGGAAGCCCUUGAAUUGCUGCUCAGUUCUGGGGCUUCUCCAAAUAUUGUUGAUACGAAGGGCUUCUCUCCUUUACAUUAUGCCUGCAGAAGGAGUGAGAAUGAGAUGGUUGUGCGUUUAUUGAAUCAAGGAGCUGAUCCACGGUUACGAUCAACCUAUGAAAAUCUAGUGCCUUUGCAUGAAGCCGCUCAAGCGAACAAUAUUGAAUGCUGUAAAGCUCUGCUGUCUCGGGGUUGUCCGAAACGACCGAGGAAUAAAGACGAUGAGUUGCCUGAAGAACUGGCUGAGAAAGCGGGGCAUUCAGAAUGUGCUGAGAUCAUCAGACAUUCGAAAAUUAUCUGGCAGUCGGAUUUUCCGCCGAGAGACAAAUGGCUACACAACGAUCUCACGUCGCGAGAGGAAACUCGAGAAAUUUUCAUCGAAGAGUGUUCGACCCCGGAUUCCUGUGAGUUACGGGUCACCCGUAACAGACAUAGCAAACUUCCAAUUUCAAUGAUUUUCAAUGACGAGGUUGGGCCUGGCGACGUUAUUCCAGCCACCCCCUUCUAUUACCUAAUGAACGGAUGCAGGAAAUUGAUGAAGAGAAGAGAGCGAGGAUCGCAUUUGGCCAAAUGCCCCGCCAGUGUGGUGACUUGCACAGCGGAGUGGAACCGGUGGCCCAUGUGGUACCACUUGUCCAUGCACGGUCAUUCGAACCAGGGCCACACGAACACCUACUUGCCUUUCUACUGUUUCGGAUUGUCCUCCAUCUCGCAUCAUUUGGGUGAGCUGAUCAUGAGACCUCCAGGCGAUGUUCUCUUACUUUUCGUUUUAUCCUUCAAACGUCGAUUUUAUGCGGAAUAUUUGAGCGGAAUGCUUAACUUCAAAGCUGCGAAAAUUUCCGACUCUCGCCACUAG